AUCCAUGACUAAGUAGACCGGUAAGGAUCUGUAGCGUUGUUACGUUGAUUGCAAUUUAUUGCAAUAAAUUAAUUGUUGAUUAAUUGAAACAGAAGUCUAAUUAAUACAUUAAUUUACGCAAUUAUUGAUACAACAAUUUAAAAAAAUUAAAAUUAGUGAGCAGAUAAAUCAAUGCUAGAUGUUCGAGCAAUUAAACAAAAUACAACAAUGCAAUGAAAAAAUACAAAUUAGAAGCAUAAUAAUUGAGUGAAAGUGUCGGUAGCAUACAUGGAACAGUAACAGUUACAGGCUGCUGGCAUCGCAUUAUGAGCGUGGCGUGUACAGCUGUCAUUUACAUGCCAACUGGCCCUCCAUAGAUAAAAGUAUGAUGGAAAUACAGUCUGCAAUUCUCAUCGUAUUGAAUUAUUAAUUUGUAACGGCCAUUGCAUCAGUGCAAAAUAUCACAACAGGCACAACAGAUCGUGCACGAGUCAUGUAAACAUGGAUUUCCACACACAUAGUUACUAUAAAAUAAACGAAUACUUUUUGUCCGCCGCUGGCAUUUGGCCUUACCAAACGAGGAGGAGAAAAAUGUUAUUAUGUUUCAUAUCGACAUUCGCUGUAUUAUCCAUACAAGCCGCACAGGUUGCACAAUUUAUUACGUGCAAUCGGGAUGUGAUAUGCAUUCUUCAAAACACUCCUGUGUUCAUACUUCAUUCAGUAAUUUACGUCAAGAUAUAUACGUAUGGAUUACAAAAGACAAAGAUAAAGACUCUCUUAGAAUUAAUGUUUGCAGAAUGGAAAAUAUUAAAAUUGAAGGAUGAAAUAGAAAUUAUGGAAAAGUAUGCAAAGAAUGGCAGACGAUAUAUUAUAUUUUAUGCUGCGUACGUAUAUUUUACUGCGGUUGGUUGCGUUAUCGCAACUUUAAUGCCGCAAUUUUUCGAUUUGAUAAAGCCACUGAAUCAAAGCAGACCUGUGAUACUUCUGUACCCAGCGGAAUACUUUGUCGAUGUAAACAACAACUUUACUUAUAUUUUUAUGCACAUGACAAUAGCACUUCAAUUCGCUUUGCUGGUAUUAAUCGCGGCGGAUAGUAUGUUCAUUUGUUACACUGAAUAUGCCAAUGGACUUUUUGCUAUUAUCGGAUAUCGAUUCCAAUACUUAUUAUAUAAAUAUAGUACAGGAAACAUUUUAUGCCAAAAUCUCACUUUAUAUAAAUCAAAUAAUAUAUAUCAGGAAACCCUCGUGGACACCAUACAAAUGCAUUUGCGAGCUAUAAACUUUGUGAAGCUCCUUGAAUCUACUUACACGGUGCCUUUUGCGAUUACAUUGGGACUAAAUACGAUUAUCAUGAGUUGUACUUUGCUACAAAUAGUACUGGUAUCGGAACAAACAGAAGAAGUGGUAAAAUAUUUGGUUUACGUAUUCGCACAAAUCUUUCACUUAUUUUGCAUCAGCUUUCAAGGACAAAAAAUCAUAGAUGGUAGCAUAAGAGUUACUGAUAAAAUAUAUAAUGGAUUAUGGUACAUGAUGCCAGCAAAAUCGCAAAAAAAUUUGCUGAUUCCAUUGCGGAGGUGUUUAGAACCGUGCCGUUUAUCUGCUGGAAAGAUUUAUGUCUUUUCCUUACGGAGUUUUACAACGGUUAUGCAAACAUCUAUGUCCUAUUUUACAGUGUUAUCGUCUUUUCAAUAAUUAUAUUUAUAAUACGAUCAUAUAUGUAUAAUAAUAUACAGUAUUAGUUAGUAUAGA